UCGGCGGCUGCGGUCAUGAUAACUUCUCCCCUGCUGGGAUAUUGUUGGCUGCCUAAUAACUGUGAUUUCAGUAGUGUACCAAACGGCCCGUUGAACAAAAUUUUCGGACGUUUCUUGUGGAACCAGCAGUGUUUUCUGACUAUUGGACAAGCCGUAACUCCGUAUGUCGGAUUUUGGAAUAGUGUCGCAUUUUUUCAUCAUUCCACACUACCCCUGCGAACUAUGGAAACAAGAAAGCGGGCAGCCAACAUUUUAAUCAGGUACAAGAGCGGCAUCCGCGGCAGCACAGUGAGAAACGGUGGUGUGGUCGGCAGCGUCGGCGGCGGCGGCGGCGGCGGUGGCAGCGGCGGUAGGCUGUGCGAGGUGAGGCGGGCGUACAAGGCGGCCGUGGUGCCGUGCAAGACGGCCCGUCGCAGGGCCCGGGGAAUGAGCAUGGGCCAGAAGGUCUCAGGAGGAGUCAAGGCCGUCAACAGGGAUGCAGCCGCGCCGUACAAACCAGUCAUUCCUAGAGAACUGGCACAGGACUUUGCACGUCCACCCCGACUCGACAUGUUACUUGACAUGCCGCCAGCACUCAGAGAAACUCAGCUGAAAUACAGCUGGAACCAGGACGAUCGCUCUCUAAACAUUUUUGUUAAGGAUGAUGACAAACUUACGUUUCACAGACACCCAGUCGCGCAAAGCACGGACUGCAUAAGAGGAAAGGUUGGCUUCACAAAGGGCAUGCACUGUUGGGAGGUCUGUUGGUCGACGAGACAGCGGGGGACGCAUGCAGUUGUCGGGGUGGCCACGGCAGAGGCCCCGUUGCAUUCCGUUGGAUACCAGAGUUUAGUUGGCAGCACAGACACUUCCUGGGGGUGGGAUUUAGGUCGUAACAAAUUAUACCACGAUUCAAAGAAUUGCCCUGGUAUAACAUAUCCAGCUUUACUGAAACCCGACGAAACUUUCAUAGUGCCCGACAAGUUUCUCGUAGUGCUAGACAUGGACGAGGGCACUCUUAGUUUUGUAGUUGAUGGCCAGUACUUGGGGGUCGCAUUUAGAGGACUUAAGGGGAGAAAGUUGUACCCGAUAGUGAGCGCUGUUUGGGGACAUUGCGAGAUCACGAUGAGAUACAUCGGCGGGCUUGACCCGGAACCUCUACCUCUUAUGGAUCUGUGCCGCCGCGUGAUACGGCAACGUCUCGGCAAACAGCACUUAGAAGAGAAAGUGAUGAGUCUGCAACUCCCCCAAGCCUUACAGACUUACCUCCUCUAUAGAGACAGAAGAUAAUACAUCAAGCUGUGUAGUGCAGUGAACUGUUUUCCAAGGUCUGCUACCAUAUAGAGUAAAGUAACCAAAUAAUUCAAAUACGUUAAAGCAUUACUAGACAAGUAUAUAAAAAAAAAAGAUGAACUCGAAACAGUGUACGAACACCCAAGGACGUUGUCUUCUAUAUAAUAGUUUUUACUGUGUGCUGUGAUGGUACGCGAAUCUCAAGGUCAGUGCUCGCACGUGCUCGUCACGACACAAGACAAAACCUGGUUGAUCUCGGGACAUGGCCCGCCGUGUCGUUGUUAGAGAACAAUGCCAUACGGUGUACAUAGUUGUAAUGUAACUCAGUCUUCUAAAAAAAAAAAAAAAUUAUAUUAUCAAGCACGGCUUCCUCUGAACUAGCUUUACAGAUAGUUUUUACUUGUUUGGACAAGUGUACCCGCAAGAUCGUCGACAAUUCCGUACCUCAGUCCGGACGCCUCGCCCGGAUUUAAAUAGAUAUGACCGUAAAUCAUGUUCAUCAAAAUCAAACCCGUGCGGUUGCCCGCUUCUUUCACUUUGAAUGGACCGAUUAUAUCCCUUGACAUUUUUUUUCCUCUGAGAAAUCGCCCUGUGGAACACGUUACCGAUAUAUGGAUUAUUAUCCACGAUAUUUCGUGUUCUACACUGUGGCUACACAGAAAUUUUUGAAAAUGCAUGAAAAUGAAUGAAAAUUAGAAUGUGCUUGGUGUAUAUAUACGUAUAUCUAUGUAGCUUAGCUACAUAAAAAACUCUUAGAAAAUUUACUAAAAACGUUAUCCUAACGGGAAAAAAAUUGAAUGUCGGUGAAGUAAUAAAGUUAUUUUCACAUUGCAUCGCUUUGAUUUUGAUGAAAUGUUUGAUUGUUUUUGAAGGGUUGCUGGGAAGUUUAAGAAUUUGUAUAAUCGGGCUAAAAAAAAUGUGUAUUAAAAAAUUCUAAGGAUACUAGAGUUUUUAGUAAAAAGAAGUGAUUUAUAUUUUUUAUAUCACUUACAUUUAGUCAUUUUUCAUAUCAUUUUUUGAAACGUCUUGUUCUCAUUUAUGUCCCAAUAGCGGCUUGAUAUGACAUUGAGAGGGCUCUAUAGCAAAUUGCCACCCAGCAAUACAUUUUUAUAGAUUUUAUUACAUAGUUUGUCUAAAUUUGAAU